UUUAACAGCUGACAACUCUCAUUUCAAGUUCUGGUUAGAAAUUAACCAAGACCAGAGAAUGUAAAUGAAUAUAUUCAUUAACAUUCUCUGCUAUUACGGUUUUUAACCUAACUGCAUUUUGGUUGAAGUUUUGAAAUUCGGUACUAUAGUUUUCAACUCAACCCUUCAAAAAAAUUUCGGUUGAAGCGGUGUCAAACUUCAUUUUUUUUUAUUACGGUUUUCAACUCUGUACCAGUGGGGUUGCCUAGAAUUUAAAAUAAUGCCAACUGCUAACAAGCACUUAAGCAUUAAUGAAUUUAUUUAAAAAAAAUAAAUAUGAAAAUGAAAAGUGGGUAAAGAGAACUAGCAAGGCAAACAUUUAAACGACGCAAUUAUAUAUGUUCUGAAGUUCAACUGUCAAAAUUUUACUUUCCAUUUGGCACAGUAAAAUGUAAAAUUUUUUCACCCUAACUCAACACAGGAAAAAUGUUACCGUUUAGCACACAGCCUUUAUAUGUGAUUUUUAAAUCUGUUAAUCUGGCAAGACUGUCAUUUUAUUUAUGUUUUAUUGUUUUUGAGUUCUAAUUGGCAUUUUUUUCUUAAACUAUGUCGAUUUAUAUACUUUGUUUAACAACAAAUGGAGGUUUACCUGUCUUUACCCGUAAAAAAGGCGAUUGUGACAAUCUGCCUUUUUCUACUGUGGCUUCAUUAAAUGGUUUUCAUAUGUUUUUUAAAUCUUUGGGCAUAACGUUACAGGUAACAUAUUCCGAAGAUUGGACUUAUGUUUGGAGAGAUUUUCACAAUGCCGUCACUCUGAUCGUUUGUGCACGGUCCAUGACUGAAGGAGUAUUGCAGACAUUAGCCGAAAUCGUUUUUGGUUCAAUAUCACUUUUUGUUAAUUUUGAUGAGCUUGUGGAUCUGACUUUGCUAGAGAGAAUGAAGAAAGAAGCAAGAAAUUAUAUGCCUGUUGUAGAUGCGGCACUUGAAGCUUGCACAACGCGCGUGAUGGGAUUUACAAAUUGUAUACUAUCAACUGAAAACCAACAAUUGGCUCAGCGAUUAAACGAUUUUAGUGGCCUGUGCGGUUCACUCUUUUGUUGCCUUGUAGUUGGUAAUAAUGUUACGGUCGGUACAGAAGGCUGGUGGGAUUUGGAUGCUAUAGAUCGUGAAUUACUUCUGCUUUUAUUAAAUUCGUCAAGUUCUCUACAAAAUGACAUUCCUGUAUAUUUGCCGAAAAAAGACGCAACGUUAGCAUAUAGAUUCGUAACAAUUCCAUUGGCUCCAAGUAGUGUUAUUUGUGUUAUAUGCGGUGCUGCACCUAGUUUUCGUGAAUUGCGGUCUAUGGCGCAGGACACAUUUUGCUCAGAAAGUUUAUUGCAGAACAUGGAACGAAGUAUAACGCGCAGCUUACCGGAACAAUUGGAGAUCGAUCAGUGUGUUCUGGCAAUAAUUGUAGCUAAUCUGAACGUUAAAAAAUGUAUACUUACACCUAAUUCCAACCAAGCUUCAGGUGGAAAAAGGACAAUAGGAGGAGGCAUUCUACGUCUAGAUUUAUUAAAAAAAAUUUUCGAUCAAACCGUACAAUACAAUAAAAAUAUUAAUGGUGUUCAUACAGAUGACCAAAUACGUUCGCGUUGUAUUGAACCACUGGACCAAUAUUGGUGCUUAGAUUACUAUAAGUGCUAUGCUCAUUAUGAUAAUAUUGGAAACACUAUUUUUAUCUUAUUUAUGUCUUCAGUUCCAACGCCGGCAAUGAGAUUCAUAGCCCAAAAACUUCUAUACUCAAUUCUACAAGACAAGACAAUCAGCUGGUAGAUUAUUAUUUAAAAUAAUAUAUUUUGUGGAACAUAUAACAUUUUGUAUAACAUAUAUACAUAUAUAUAUUUAUGCAUGUAAUAUUUAAGUAUAAUUUAUUGUCUGAGGAUAUAUUUGCUAUUAAAACUAUCGUUUCGUACAUUAAGACAGUCUGUAUAAUAUUUUGGAAAUUGUUAUUGUCGGUGUUCUAGAUGUAUAUAAUCAUAUAAGACGUAAAUUUUUAUCAUGUUACUAGCAAAUAUAUAUACGUAUUUUAUUUUUUACUUAAUAUUUUUUAGCGCACAUUUUGGAGUAAUAACAAAGAUUAACUUAUAUAAGGUUGUAUUAAUGCUCAUAAUUCAUGAGAAAAACAAAUUAUUUUUUUGACAUUAUGGAUUAAAUUUUUGUUCGUAAAGGAUACACCCUCCGAAGUAAGGAGAACUUUAUUAUUAGUGUCAACGUUAUUUGGCAAGAUUCGAAUUCUAUUUGGUUGAUAUCA